UCAAGGUCGACCUACCCAAAGGUACCUUGCAAGGGUUAAAAACGCGGACUGUGUUAAAUGGCGUCACUAUGUACAGCUUCAAGGGCGUAAGAUACGCAGCCCCCGCAACUGGUGUACAUAGAUUCUCUGUUGCUCGAGAGGUCGCGCCCUGGAUUGGUGAUUACGAUGCAACCCAACACAAAUCAAGAUGCCCUCAGAGAUGCGCUUCAGCUUUUAAAUACAUCAUUGGAAAUGAUGAUUGUUUAUUCUUGAACGUCUACACAUCCACUCUUGAUUGUAAAGCUGGUCUACCAGUGAUGUUUUGGUUGCAUGGUGGAUCCUUCAAUUUUGGUAACGGCGACAGUGACGUGUAUGGACCCGAUUAUCUUAUCGAAAAUGGCGUCGUAUUGGUCUCGAUAAAUUACAGACUGGGUCCAAUAGGAUUCCUCAGCACAAGAGAUGCUGCUGCUCCAGGCAACGUGGGUCUUAAGGAUCAAAUUGCUGCUUUGAGGUGGGUCAAGCGCAAUAUUCGUUACUUUGGUGGAGAUCCAAACCGGGUAACCAUCUUUGGUGAUGCUGCUGGUGCUGGUUCUGUACAGUAUCAUAUGAUCUCACCACUCUCUGCUGGUCUCUUCGCCCAUGCCAUUGCUCAGAGCGGUACCGUCAUGACUACCUGGGCCAUUACCUACAACUCUACCAAAGAUUCCUUUGCUCUAGGAGCAGCAUUCGGAAUCAAUACCAAUAAUUCAACCGAACUUGUCGAAGGAUUAUUGAAAAUUAAUAGUACCGCCCUUGUUCAAAUGGCAAACAAAUUGUCUAGAGAGACGGAGGGUAUGUCAGGAGGUCAUUACCUUUUCAAACCCUCAGUAGAAGUUAACGUGGGUCAGGAAAUAUUCCUGCCGGCUGAUCCUUGGCAACUUCUAAAGACUGGUCGAAUUAAUGACGUUCCAUACAUGAUGGGUUUCAAUCAGGACGAGAUGAUCAUAGGCGCUAACAGUAUCGCAAAUGUGGAUUACUAUAAUAGUCACUUUGAAGGAUUUCUUCCAACUGAUCUUAAUCUUACAAGAGGCGCAGUACUUGACACUGACAUUACACUAGUGAGAAAUUUCUAUUUCAAUGGAAAGA